UAGUGGCUGCUGUAUGGGCAUCUGCUAACCAUGUUGUCCCGGGUGGCACUCUCCGCCGUCACCACCACGGCUCCCGGUCUGAAGAACGCAGCCCUUCUAGGACCGGGGGUAUUGCAGACAAAAAGGAUUUUCCACACUUCACAGCCAAGUUUUGCCCCUCUGCCACCUCUUCCCGAAUAUGGAGGAAAAGUACGUUUAGGGCUGAUUCCAGAGGAAUUCUUCCAGUUUCUUUAUCCUAAAACUGGUGUAACAGGACCCUACAUGCUUGGCACUGGGCUUAUCUUGUAUUUUCUAUCCAAAGAAAUAUAUGUGAUUGCUCCAGAGACCUUCUCUGGCUUAUCAUUAUUAGGAAUAAUGGUCUAUGCUAUUAAAAAAUAUGGAGCCUCUUUUGCAGAUUUUAUUGAUAAAAUCAAUGAGCAAAAAAUUGCCCAACUAGAAGAGGUGAAACAGGGUUCCAUCAAACAAAUCCAGGAUGCAAUUGAUGCAGAGAAGGCACAGCAGGCCCUGGUUCAGAAACGCCACUACCUUUUUGAUGUCCAGAGGAAUAACAUUGCUAUGGCCUUGGAGGUUUCUUACCGGGAUCGGCUGCAUCGAGUAUACAAGGAAGUAAAGAAUCGCAUGGACUACCAUAUCUCAAUGCAGAAUAUGAUGCAUCAAAAAGAGCAAGAACACAUGAUAAACUGGGUGGAGGUGCGUGUGAUACAGAGCAUCUCUGCACAGCAGGAAAAGGAGACAAUUGCCAAGUGUAUCACAGAUCUAAAGAUGCUUGCAAAGAAGGCUCAGGCGCAGCCAGUUAUGUAAAUGAAUGUCCUACAGAGAUCACCAAAAACAGUUGACUGGGUGGAAAUUACUCUGUGUGCAAAAUCUUUCAUUAUUGCUAUCUACUGAAAUCA